AUGUGUAUUACCUUUAUUAGCCUGGUUUUUGGGCUUUUUCUUGGAACUUGUUUAUUUGAUGGAGCUCUUUUCAACGAAUCUUCUAUCUCCACACAGGACCAUUUCGAUCUGGAUCAAUUUAUGGGGCGCUGGUUUGAGGUGGUAGUUGUUUCUACAUGUCCAUACUUCAUGCAGCGUAAGAUGAGAAACAACGCAGUAGUGGAACUGGAACUACAACACACUGAGGCCAACAUCACUGUGACAGCCACAUCUGCCAGAAAUGAAUCUUGUGAAUUGACUGUCAUCAACUACAGUCUGACAGAAACACCAGGGAGGUUCUUCUACCACUUUUCUAAGUUCAACGCUGACGUUGAUGUGAAUGUGGUUGAUACAAACUAUGUGGAAUACGCAUUCAUGGUUGACCUGAGUACAGAGCUGCCUGCAAGACAAAAAACACUUAAAAUGAAACUUUAUAGUCGGACAAAAAAUAUGAGUGCGGCCAUGUUGGAAAACUUCAAACUGUUGGUGAGGGAAAAGGGUGUAAAUGACACAAAAAUAAUCAUAAAUCUUGACAAAGGCCUCUGCUAA